AACAAAAUGAGAGAAGACAGGUCAGCAUACUAAUGGUGUAACUUCAGAUGUGAAAGUAAAAUUUGAAGAAACGUUAAAGCUAUUUUGUCCUAAAUACUUCAGGGAGAAAAAUGACUCUUCAAGACACAGGACAAACAUGGAAGUACCUCACAGGAUUGACUGUGGCUAUUCUGCUUAUGCAUGUUUGUGUGGUGAAAACACUUGAUUUCCGAGAAACACGCAUUGAUUCACAGUUUAGCUACACAGAUUGGCUACAGCAUCAUAUAAAAAAAAGAGACGCAGUAAAACCAACAACUACAACAACGACGACACCAAAAACAAAUGACACACUUAAAUCAAUACAACCAAUAUCAACAGUUAUACAAAUGUCAAUGAGAAUAAAUCAAAUUUUUGAAACCAGUCUCACCAACAAAGCUGAUCCGAAGUUCAUAUACUAUGUAGCUCGCAUUACAUUCGCAAUUGAAAAUAGUUACAAGAAUCUGCCUAACUACAUUAAAGGUUCAGUAAAUGUCAUUGGCUUCAGGCCUGGUAGCAUCAUAGCAGACUACACAAUUAAUGCAACCAGCAGCAAUCUGGAUUUAACAACAGCAAACAUACAAGUAACUUACAUUCUAGCAGCUGCAGGAAUCCCUUUAGCUCAGAAUGCUUUUGCUAAAAGUGAGGAAAAAAUCCUGACAACCAAAGAUAAGUUUUAUCCUCUGCAAGAUGUGGAACUGAGGUGUACACGUCCAAAUUCUGUUGUGGGAACAAUGAAAUGGAGUGUGAAUGACCAAGAUCCUGCAGAAAACAGUUCAAAAUACACCAUAAUAAAUGACAAUAUCGGUAGCACUCUUAUUGUAAAAGUUGCAAGUGAAAGUGACAGUGGUAGAUACUCAUGUAUCAUACAAAGCUUCCCAAUACCUUACAUUCAGUGGCAAACAGUAUCUAUUGAACCACAACCUAAUAUUAUUGUGGACAAAACGGAUGUACAGCUUCAGUGUAAAGACCAGACUGUCCCGCUGACAUGCUGUACAGAUGGUUACACGAUUGAGUGGUCUGGGAUUCAUGCUGGUGAUGUAGUGAUAAAUUCAGGACCUGGCUGCAUCACAUUACAACAUAAAAUCUUUAGUACAAAUUGUGGGUCUAAAGAAAUCUUCACUUGCCGACUAAACGACAUGCCAGAAUUACAAACAUUUGAUUACAGCAGCAGGACAGUCCAAGUUCAGACAGUCAAUAAGUAUAACUGUAUAAAUGACACAAUUGGAGUUGGAGAAAUAGGUGACAUUGUAACAGGAUUGUGUGAAAAAGGCCAGGAAGGCCUCUUAACUUAUGUAUGUAAACAGACAGGAGAUCUCAAAUAUAACUGGACAGAAGUACACAGAGAUUGUGUUGUUCAAGCUAUCAAAGACCUUGAAAGGAGAUCUGAGGUUUUAGGUGUGAAUGAUAUUCCAGUGUUCAUGACAAACCUCAGUAACACUGUCGUGCAGAGUAAUACUGUGAUAACACAAUCUGCUGCGACUGUCCAAUCCAUUGUUGACAUACUUACCACAAUUGCUAGCAUCUCACAAACUAUUACCAUCAGUCAACCUGUGAUGAAGGAUUUUCUUAAAACAGUGGACAUAAUUGUAUCAGAUGCAUCUAAAAACACAUGGGUAGAAUUGAACAAUGACAGCAAAACAGAAAACAAAAGCACUGAACUUCUUCAAGCUAUUGAGACUUUAAGUGAUCGGCUCUCUGAUGAUGAUUAUAUAAUUAGCGAAACCUCCAUUCAAUUGAUUAGAACAACAAUUAAAAACUCAUUCAAUGGAUCAUCUUCACUGCCAGACUCAACUACUGAGAUUGUGAUACGAAAUGUUAAACCGACCCUCAUAACCAUUAUUAUCUUCACAAAACUUGACAAUGUUUUACCAACUCGAAAUACUUCUAAUAAUGACAACAAGACCUCAGAAAACUACAUCAAUGGAGACGUGGUUGUUGUUAGAGUAAAUGAAGCAAUUAACAACAUUUCAUUUACCUUUGAUACUACAGAUACAUCAUUGAAAAAUCCUCAGUGUGUCUUCUGGAACUUUGAUCUCAACCAUUGGGAUUCCACUGGAUGUAAAGUCAAGCCCUCGGGGAACGACAUGGUUACAUGUGAAUGCAACCACACAACCUCUUUUUCAAUCCUCAUGUCACCGUUUGCAAUUGAUAACCCAGCCUUAGGCUAUAUAACAUAUAUUGGUGUAGCUAUUUCAAUGGCCAGCUUGAUUCUGUGCCUCAUUAUUGAGAUGAUUGUGUGGAAGUCAGCAACAAGAAAUGACACGUCGUACAUGCGUCACGUCUCAAUAGUCAAUGUCGCUGUGUCACUGCUGAUCGCAAACAUCUGUUUUAUCAUCGCAGCUGCAAUUGCAGACCAAGAGCAGCCAACAUCAGUGGAUCGUUGCAGUCCAGUGGUUUUCUUCAUGCACUUUUUUUACCUGGCUGUUUUCUUCUGGAUGUUCAUUUCAGCACUUUUGCUCCUUUACCGCACCGUCAUGGUCUUUUCUCAAAUGUCAACUACUACUAUGAUGUUCAUUGCCUUUAUGGUUGGUUAUUGUGCACCUCUGCUCAUAGCGGUUAUUACAGUCGCAUCCACAGCUGGACCUCAACACUAUGUCUCAACAGAAAAGGCAUGUUGGCUGAACUGGUUUGAAUCUAAGGCCCUGCUGGCAUUUUUGAUUCCAGCUCUGACUAUUGUUGCCUUUAGCCUUCUGGUUUUGAUUGUGGUUUUGGGGAUGAGGGGGAUGAGAGGGAUUGGUGCUACAACUCAAUCAGAUGAGAGUAAUACUCUUGUAGUCAUUGCCCGAUGUGUGGCCAUUCUGACUCCAAUCUUUGGUCUAACAUGGGGAUUUGGCAUUGGAACCAUGGUGUCACCUGACAUUGGCGUUCAUGUGAUGUUUGCAAUCCUCAAUUCACUGCAGGUACCAUUUUAUUUAUUUACAAGAGAUACUGUCUGUUUGGUUUGUGUUUGUUCCAACGGCACUUUAUGUAUUUAUUACACUGCUCUUUGGAAUACUUAAUUGUGAUGUUUAUGCUUUAUGCACGGUUUGAUAAUUGUCAUUGACCACAGCAUAUACAACAUUACAGUAAUACUGGACCGUUAAUUAAAUUUAUUUUUGGGGGGGAGGGAUGGAUGAAUGUUUACCCCUGUUUUUUGAUACCUAAUACGUUCUAAAGUCUCAAAACAUGAUUUGUGUCUAUUUAGGUAUUCAUAUGACAAGUAGCUGUGUAAUAAGCAGUAAUGUUAGUCAGCCAUUAAAAUGAAAUAAACUCCCACUGGAUGAUACAAGAUCCAUCUGGUUUACAUCAGGGUUAUGAUCACCCUGACAGAUUUUAUUUGAGUAUAGUACAUAUAACAUGAUCACCAUAAUGUUAUUCAUCAAUUUAUUAUAAGACUCAUAUUUAACAAUUGAAUUACAGCAGCUAAUGUUGUUUUCAUCUUAUUUAUUUGUUACACUUCUUUCAAU